AAUCUCUUGCGUAGGUCUCACGGAAGCAACAUUGCAAACAUCUUGGACUCCUUUAGGCCUCGUUGUUUAUUUAACUGGGUGAAUUAGGGAGGCUUCGUUGUUGAUUUAACUUCAUCAAAGUCUCAUGCCUUUUAUCAAUCUUUUGCGUAGAUUCUCUCGAGGGCUGCGGAUGUUAUUACUACUAAAUAUGAAUCAUCAUCAUAAAUCUCAGUGUCACACCAAUCACAUCAUCCAAUGGACAUGGCCGCCGCAAAAAAACUCAAUGAGAAUCCUCACAAGCUUUACUUCAAGAGUUUGUUAUACGUAGAGAGAUGGUUCACAAGUACUAGAUUUGAGGUUAUAAUCUGCGACCAGGAGGAUAAUCUGGUGUUUAAGAGUAAUGGACCUCUUCAUUACUACAACAUGCCUUCCAUGGAAGCCGAUAUUAGAGCUUUGAUGCGUGGUCUAGACGAAGCCACGCUUUUCGGGAUCAAUCACAUUUCUAUAUACUGCCCUCCUCGUCAUCUGAUUUUCGAAUACCUAUUGGGCAUAUCGUAUCCCAAGGAGAAAGAGAUUGCUUUGCUAAUGGAUGAUGUGAAACGCAUCAGAAACCGAUUCCGGUCUAGCCAGAUCGUCAUGAUGUUUGAAGAAGAUGUUAAAUUUGUCUCCAGACUCUCUAUUGAGACUUGCAUUAUCUGUCUCGAAAAUAUUCGCCCUGAACUCAUGUUUUCUGGUUGUGAAAAAGGUCAUAGAAUUUGCUUAACUUGUGCGAAAUCACAUAUCAAGGUCAAGCUUCUUGAUGGAAUGAUACCAAAUUGUCCUCAGCUUGGCUGCAAGUCUCAGCUAUCUAUUGUUAGAUGUGGCGAGUUUUUGACUGAAAAUCUGUGUUUGAUGUGGAAGCAGAGGAUUAAAGAGGAUUCAAUACCUUAUAGCCAGAGAUUUUACUGUCCAUACCAAAGCUGCUCGUAUCUAAUGUCGAAAACCGAUAUUUCUUCUUCAUCUGCUGAAAAAUCUGGACUUAGGAGAUGCUUCAAAUGUGGUGGCUCCUUCUGUAUCCACUGCAAAGUUCCAUGGCAUACUAGUCUAUCCUGCACCAAGUACAAGCGAUUGCAUACUCAAAAUGAUGAUGCAAAACUAAAGUCUCUAGCAAAUGCUAAUAGGUGGCGUCAAUGUAGCAACUGCCAACACAUGAUUGAACGUUCUUCCGGAUGCGACCACAUGUUUUGUAGAGAUGGCAGCGAAGAGCAAAACGGCGCCGUAAAAGCCAAGGCAGCCAAAAAAGUGUCAUGCGUUAUCUGUUUCGAAGACAUUGAUUUUGAUCUCCUGUUUUCUCUCGAUAAAUGCGGUCAUCGAUUUUGCUUUAACUGCGUGAAACAACAUAUAGAGCUGAAGCUUCUUGAUGGAAAGAUACCGAAUUGUCUUCACCAUUGGUGCAAGUCUCAGUUGUCUAUUGAUAGAUGCGACAUGCUUUUGAAUCCCAAGCUGAGAAAGAUGUGGAAACAGAGGAUUAGCGAAGACACAAUUCCUUUCAGAGAGAGAGUUUAUUGUCCUUACAAAAGGUGCUCUUACUUGAUGACCAAAACCGAGCUCUAUCGUCCUAUAUCUUCUAAAUCUGGACUUAGGAGGUGCUUAAAAUGCGGUAACUCCUUCUGCUUCUACUGCAAAGUUCCAUGGCAUAGUACGCUCUCGUGUACUGAUUACAGGAAGUUGAAACUUUAUCGUCAAAAUGAGGAUACAGAGCUAGAAUCUCUAGCAUAUCGUGAAGGGUGGCGUCAAUGCCGCAACUGCAAACACAUAGUUGAACUUUCUUGGGGAUGCAACUGCAUUAUUUGCCGGUGUGGAAAUGCUUUUUGCUACACAUGCGGAGGCGAAUGGAACAACAUGUCCCACGGAAGCUGCACAACUUAUCGGUCUGGAGACAGAGCCCCGGGGGCGUUUACUAUGUUUCUCCUUUCGUGGCUUUUGUGUUCAUUAUCUAUCCACUGAAAACCGUUUAUGUUCCUCGUUUUUGCAAGUUUGGUCUUCUCCUCCUUUCUUUUUCUUUUUGCGUUCAGGUUUUCUUUUCUUUAUUCUUCCUAUGUCUGAGUUUAAACUAAAUUUUGAGGGUUGAGAUUGUAUCUUUCAAUCCCCACUUAAGAAUCUACAAUUUCAAUGACUGAAUCCCACUAAGCUUUUCACCUUGUUAAAUCAAAUUCUAUAUUUCAU